AUGGCGUUUGAACUGCAGCCUCUCGAGUCAUCUGAUGCUGAGCGAUGCGUAACAAUAUACUUCGCGGCCUUCCAGAACCCACAUUCACUCGCUGUUUGGCCAAGGAUCGCAACAGUACGAGCAUGGUGGGAGCAGAUGAUCCGCGAUGAGCUCAACGAAGAAGGCUCGCAUUGGCGCAAGGCAGUCUUCAAAGACACUGGCGAGCUCGUCGGCUACUGCAAGUGGCGACACCACGCUGCCGGUCAGACGCUCGAUACUCAGCUACCAGAGUGGCCUAAAGGCGCAGACACGGCGCUGGCCGAUGAGACGUUUGGCGCAUGGGUGAGGAUGCAUCCUGAGUUGAUGGGUUCAAGAGCGCAUUGGUAUCUAGAGAUGGUGGCGACCGAUCCAGCGUAU